CGAGGCUCGAAGCUAUUGUAACAACCGAAGUUGUUGCCUCUUGGGCUGAGUAAACUAGAAUAUGUCACUCGCUGGUCUAAUGUGUCGUUCUGUUCAUUCUGUCAUCGGCCCUCUUCGAAAUCCUCCACGAAGUAGAUUGUCAGCUCUGCAAUGUUACGCAGAAGUCAGCCAGCAAUCUGGCUUCUCUGGACCCAAGGCCAACACACUCUGUCACUCUAUCCUCUCACAGAUGCUCCUCACUCAGCAAUUCCUCCGACGAGUCUCACGAUGGAAGAAGAUCUUUGAAUCAGGCGUCGAGCUGCUGCUGCUGGACGAUCAGGCAUGAGGAUGACUCUAUGGGUCGGCAAGAUGCUCGCUGAAUCAACAUUGGCAACAAAGGAAGGCAAGGCAAGGGAUAUCGAAGGAUUUGAAUCUUGAAAAGGCAAUGAAUUCUUGCAAUGAAUGUGGGCCAUGAAAGAAAGAUGCCAUCAGCCAGCCAUGCAUGGAUCUUCGUCCUGCUGCUACACUGGAGGGUGGUAGCUUUUGAGCUCUCGGCAGCACAUACUUGUGUAGCAUGAGUGCCUCCCUCCCUCCCUCCCUCCCUUCUUGGGCUGCAGCAGGUUACAGUUAUGGCUUGCGAACUUUAUGGAAAGGCAUAAUGAGAGAAGAGGCUGGGGAGAUGGAUAUUCACAAUCCCGAAACCAUGAACCUUGAGGCAGCGUCUGAUGUCACUCGCCGUCAAUGAUUUUCAUCCGUCCCACACAUGAGCAGACACAGUGAGAGGAUAUGUGAUACCCCAAAUGCACGUUUCCUUCGUUUACUGGAGAACUAGAGCCUCGUGUGGACGGCUCUCGGAUGGACCGACCGCUACAACCAUCGUACCAUCCGAGCAGUUUGUGGUUUUGUGCAUGCAAAGAUUCUUCUCAUUGGUCAGACGAAUUGGGGACGAUUUGUCUGUUCUGAAGAAGGGCCUAGAAUCUAUCAGAAGUGAAUAUUUCUUGAACAGUUUGGAGCUUCACUUGGACCCAAAAGCUCGAACUCCAAUGUGUGCCCAAUUCAGACUACACAUUUGGGGAACAGCGCCCGGAGGUUUUGUAGUUAUGGAGGUUCCUGAAUCCCAAACAAGGCGAGAAACAAACAAACUUCACAUCAGGGGGCUAUGGAAUUUCGAUUUGUCACUGCCCCAAACAAUUCAAGGGCGAGAGCGUGUUCAAGGAGGAGGAUUAUGAGGAGGAGAAUGUAUGAAGACGUGUGUCCAUUCGUGCUCGAAUUUCUCCCCCGUACCAAAUGAACGGACACUCGUCCAAAUUGAACUUUGCAGAUGUUACAGAUGUUACAGAUGUACAUUGUGGAUUCUUCAGCACUCGAGCUAUGGACGCUGCCAGCAUGCGCUGUUUUGGGGACUGAUGCAGCCAGCCAGCCAGCCAUCCAUCCAUCCAGCACACUCACUCACUCACUGCACUGCACUGAGCUCAAAGAAUAUUCUCAGAGAUCUACUAAUUCCCUCGUAAGCCCUCGCACUCUGCUGCAACUUAUCUACUGCUGUGCAAACCGUUCACCGAACCCUGUCCUGCAGUGGCUUGCGAGCACAAUUAUUCCACUCUCCAGCUGCCAGCACCAGAUUUGCCUCGCUCGCUCUUCAAAUGUUCGUAGCAGUGGCAUAAUAAGCUCAAUUUCAUGCAGCAUUUGUUGACAGGCAUAUCAUCUCGAAUCAGUCAGUUCAAAUACGCCGACGAGUCAUCGAGCCAGGGGCACCUGCACCUUCUCGUGUCUGUCUGGCUUACUGGAUGCCAGUUUGUCCAUCUCAACAUCCAUGGACCUCACUUUUGUUCAAUGUCUCACUUCGAUGGCGAUGAAUUUGGGCUUUCUGAAAGAACAGAGCUUUCGAGUAUUAGUAGUGUGAUCAGUAGUAUCUUAAACCCAUUGAUGAACUCUUGUAUUAAAUACCAUCUGCAUUGAUGGAGAUACUUCACAACCUACAGCUAA